GCCUUAAUGGCGACCCUGGCUUGCUACGCUCCCGUCACGCUAAUUUUAAGCUCCCAGCCCACCUUUCCCACUCUCCCUGAUCCGUCGCCCCCUCGCCCUCGCUCGUUUCGUUUCACUGUCGCAUUCAAUUUCGCUCAGUCGUGGAUCCCACAUCACGCUCCCUGCAUGAAUAUAAUUCGCGGACCUGAUACUCUGUGGUCUUCGCCGUAGCUGGAUCCGUCUACUUGUGGGUUGGAGAUAAGGCAAUUGCGCCUUUUCUAGCGCUCGGUUAGGACGGCAACGGCAUUGCACUGGUGGCGGGGGGUGUUGAGAGCUUCGGUUAGGAAGCUGCUGGUGGUGGUGAUCGCUUAGUGCGACCGGUUCAGUGAGAUGUGAGCAUGGUGCACAGCGAUUGUGUCUUAGGUUGGUGAUCUAGUCGGCGCAUGUUGAUUGAGGUAUCAGGUGGUUUUAGGGUGGAAGAAAAGGGGGGGUGUUUAUGCGGGGGGGACGGUUGCGGGAAAGGAUGGCUGGUCUGAAGACUCCGUCGAAGAGCCCAGGCAAAAGAAAGAACGGGUUCGGGGUGUAUUACGAACAAAUACUAGCACGGCUCUUCAACCGUUUCGGACGCUACAAGAAUCACCAGAAGCUUCUCAUGCUCGGCAUCGAUGGCGCAGGGAAAACAUCCCUUCUACGAAAAGUUAAGCUCCUGGAGCCUCGUACCCAGCCUACCGUGGGCUUCAAUUUGGAAUCGCUUCAGUAUCGACAGCAGACGCUAGUCAUGUGGGACGUGGGCGGCCAAGAAAAGAUCCGCUCUCUCUGGCACCACUACUUCGUCAAGUCCCAGGCACUGAUCUUUGUUGUUGACAGCAGCGACCCCAGCCGAAUCCCGGAAGCCAGGAAAGAGCUCCAGAAGCUGCUUCACGAGACCGAGCUGAAAGACGCGAAGCUGCUGGUGUACGCCAACAAGCAGGACGUCCAGAAUUGCCUGAGUGUGUCCGAUUUGGCAGACAUGCUAGACCUGUCUCUAGUAGAGGAUCGGGAGUGGCAUGUGCAAGGUUGCAGCGCCAGCACCGGAAAGGGCGUCUACGAGGGUCUCGAUUGGCUGGUAGAAGUUUUGAAGCCUUCGUAAUAUCUAUUCAAGCUCUUCUCACCAAAGUCAAACCAUGUCACGAGAUGGCUACAAUAGGGACGACAGCAGCUAGAACUCCAAUCCCCCAGGCAUGGCGUCCUCCCUGCAAAUCCAAGGGAAGCGACGCCGACACCUGGUUGUUUCCAGACAUGUACAGCCUCAUCAAGGAAAAACGGCGCCAUUAUCUGUUCUUCAAUCGUGUUGUGGUGCAUGAGUAAGACGACGACAACAAGGAGCAUUCCAGACUCGCAUGCACUCCAGCCUUGGAGCUCGAAUUUUUGUGUACCAACAGCAUCUCGCCGUUUGUUAAUCCGCUGCGUGGCACUCGCCACGCGUUUUUGGGCCAUAAGCCCAGCUUUUCUAGUUGCACUCCAAACAGCGUAGAGAAUAACUCUGUUAGCGAUCAGGUCCUGUAUAGAAACUAGUGGGUACUCCAUCAUUUUGGAUAUGACUGUGCCGGCUUCUCUUGCCAUCGCCAGUUCCAUGUUUUUGAUUUCUUAUUGAUGAAGUAAACAGAACUCUUUGAACAA